UUUAGACGGCUCAGAAAAAGCCAACAAAAUGAGGAAGGAGAAAUAGAGAAAGAGAAGCAUCCAGAUAUUGCUGCAGCCUGCAUACGUCCAAAUCUUUUAUCAAAAAAAUCCAAUUAGUCUCCACAAACAAGUACUAUAACAACAUGGUUGCUUGGAGAUUUCAUCACCUUGAUUCUUCUUUCAAGUGCAUGAGAAAACUUUUGGGGACUUCGUUAGAAGAUGCUAUCCCGUCUAGCUACCAAAGGUGCCGUCCAUCAAACGGAGGAGAAUAUUUGUUUUUCAAAACGCAGGUGAGAUUUGUGAAGACUACAUUUCAGAUGUCAGUGCCUGGAAACUCACCUGUAAGCAAAGAAAGUAAGAUUCCGUACUAUUUGAGAGAUAAAAAAAUGAUUCCUGAGGCUUCUCCUCCCAGCAACAAAGACAUUGAUCUUUUAUAUCGGUUUUUUGAUCAGAGUAAGAAGCUUGUGGUUUUGACUGGAGCCGGAAUGAGCACUGAGAGUGGAAUCCCUGAUUAUAGAAGCCCUAAUGGAGCAUACAGUUCUGGUUUCAAACCCAUUACCCACCAGGAGUUUGUCCGCUCAGGCAAAGCUCGCAAGCGUUACUGGGCAAGAAGCUAUGCUGGAUGGAGGCGAUUUAAUGCAGCACAACCCGGUGCUGGCUACUACGCAUUAACGUCUCUAGAAAAAGCUGGAAGGAUAAGCUUUAUGAUCACACAAAAUGUUGACAGGCUGCACCAUCGAGCUGGCUGCAACCCUCUUGAGUUACAUGGCACUGUAUACACUGUGGGUUGUAUUGAAUGUGGAUAUUCAUUCUGUCGGCAUUCUUUUCAGGACCAACUUAAGGCACUUAACCCUAAGUGGGCAGCAGCACUUGAUGGUUUGACGUUUGACAGCCCUGGAUCAGACAAAAGUUUUGGCAUGAGGAUGAGACCUGAUGGUGAUAUUGAUAUCGAUGAGAAAUAUUGGGAAGAAGAUUUUCACAUUCCCGCUUGCCCUGAAUGUGAUGGUCUGCUGAAGCCUGAGGUUGUUUUCUUUGGAGACAAUGUGCCCAAGGAUCGAGCUGACAUCGCAAUGGAAGCAGCAAAAACUUGUGAUGCAUUUCUUGUUAUCGGGUCAUCUUUGAUGACAUUUUCAGCCUUCAGAUUAGUGAGAGCAGCUCAUGAGGCAGGUGCUGCAACAGCAAUAAUUAAUAUUGGUACCACCAGGGCUGAUAGUAUCGUGCCCUUGAAGAUUAGUGCUCGUUGUGGUGAGAUUCUUCUGAGAUUGGUGCAUACUGGAUCUCUUAGUAUCCCGGCUGUUCUAUGAUGACCUCUAUAUGACUUUAGUAGAGUGUUUCUUUGCUAUCCUUCAACGAAUAGGAAUGCAUCUCAAGUUUCUGCUGCAACGAGGAGCUGCCAAUUGUAUUUUUCAAUGGGAGAAUUGAAAAUUGUUGUGCUUUACGUGUUUACUUAGUAGUCUGUGUAUAACAAACUUUUGUUAUUGUUGGUUUUUAAUAUGAUUAUGUACUAAGUGUUUUAUGAUAAAAUUACAUAGAUAAUCAUGUGAUACACCAAUAUUAAUCAUGUAAUAAUUUGGUUAAUGUAUAUAAAUUAUAUGGUAAAUGUUUGAAAA